GAUCGGGGGUUGUUGGACGGUCAGGGACUGCAUGGUUGUCUACAGGAACACCUCUCAUGUCCGCUGUCAGUGUCAGAGACUGGGCACCUUCGGUGUGCUGAUGGACAGCUCACACAGAGAGCAGCUGGAGGGGGAUCUUGAGACCCUGGCCCUGAUCACUUACUCCUGUCUGUGCCUCUCCAUGAUGGCCCUCCUCUUCAGCGUCCUGGUGCUCUCCUGCCUCCGAGGCCUCAAGUCCAACAUGAGAAGCAUUCAUUCAAACACAGCGGCGGCCAUGUUUUUGUCGGAGCUGGUGUUUCUGCUCGGGGUCAAUCAAACGGAACAACAGUUCCUGUGUACAGUCGUCGCCAUCCUCCUGCAUUACUUCUUCAUGUCCACGUUUGCCUGGAUGUUCGUCGAGGGGCUUCAUAUCUACCGCAUGCAGACGGAGCAGCGCAACAUUAACUACGGUGCCAUGAGGUUCUACUACGCCAUCGGCUGGGGCGUGCCCGCCAUCAUCACAGGCCUGGCUGUGGGCUUGGACCCAGAGGGAUACGGAAACCCAGACUUCUGUUGGAUCUCCAUCUAUGACAAACUCAUCUGGAGCUUUGCUGGUCCGAUAGCCAUCGUCAUACUGAUGAACGGAGGGAUUUUCAUGAUUGUUGCCAAGAUGUCUUGCAAUUCCUCUCAGAAGGAGACCAAGAAGCUCCCUGUCAUAGCUACUAUUCGCAAUGCCUUCUUGCUGUUGCUGGUCGCCACCUCCACCUGGCUGUGUGGUCUGAUGGCUGUGAACAACAGCAUCCUGGCUUUCUAUUACAUAUUCGAUGUCCUCUGCUUAGUCCAGGGUCUGUCGGUGAUGCUGGUCUUCACUUUGUUCAACUCAGAGGUCAAAGAGGCCUGGAGCGUAGCCUGUUUGGGAAAAAAGAGUCCCGGAGAGGACCCACCAAGACCAUCGCAGAACACUGGUUUGUGACUGACCUAGAUACAACUUUCUACGGACCAGUGAAACCCUGCCUGCUCUUAAGCCCACUUUUAAAAAG